UUGACCAUAUUGGUGGAAGCCAUGAUAUCGACUUGUUCUAGAAUAUUCGCAGGUAGCCUUCUCAUAGUCAAACCUACACAUACUACUUCACCAGUUUUCUCUGUAGCUCGAACACUCUCGCCUUGUCUCUCCGCUUCUGGCUUUCAGGUUCGCGCUAUGGCUGACUCUGCAACUCCCUUUAAAAAAGUUCAGAUUCAAAGGGAUGAUACUACAUUUGAUGCAUAUGUAAUCGGAAAGGAUGAUGCCCCUGGAAUCGUUGUGCUUCAGGAGUGGUGGGGUGUUGAUUUUGAGAUUAAAAACCAUGCUCAGAAAAUUUCUCAAUUUGAUUCUGGUUACAAGGCACUUAUCCCUGAUUUGUACCAUGGAAAAGUUGGGUUAGAUGUUGCAGAAGCACAACAUCUGAUGGAUGGUCUUGAUUGGCAAGGCGCUGUCAAAGAUAUUCAGGCUUCAGUUAACUGGCUUAAGUCAAACGGUUCCAACAAGGUUGGUGUUACUGGAUACUGCAUGGGUGGUGCUCUUGCCAUUGCAAGUUCUGUUCUGGUCCCAGGUGUCGAUGCAGUUGUAGCCUUCUAUGGAGUUCCUUCACCAGAACUUGCUGAUCCUAUUAAUGCUAAGGCACCUGUGCAGGCACAUUUUGGGGAAGAUGAUGGUUUUGUUGGAUUUUCAGAUGUAAAGACUGGGAAAGCUCUAGAGGAAAAACUGAAGACAUCAGGAGUUCCACAUGAGGUUUACUUCUAUCCACAGACUGGACAUGCAUUCAUGAACAAGUCGCCGGAGGGUGUUGAGAGGAGGAAGAAAAUGGGGAUGCCUGAUGUAGAAGAUGCUGCUGUCGAGCAAGCUUGGACCCGCUUCCGGUCAUGGAUGAGCCGCUUCUUGUCUGCCUAAGCUGUGGUACUUGUUUUCUGAUUCUAUUGUAGGUUGUGCCUUCUCAAUAAGUUGAUGUGUUUUGAUGCUCCAGAAUGUUUCCUGGAUGCUUGCUUUUGGAACUCGGUUCCUACGGUUCACAUUUAAAACUAAGUAUUCUGGAGAUCGGAUAUACGUGUUGUCUAUAGGGAUCUUUGGGGUAUUCCAUAUUAGUGCACUUUGUUACUCUGACCAGGAAAACAAAGUAUUGUGCAUUGAAAAAGAAGCUCGGUUUCUUAUUGUGGUUCAUUUUUUCAAGUCAA